AUGAUUGAAGAAGUUGAGUUUCUUGACAAGAAUGACACUUGGGAGAUAGUUACAAGACCAAAGAGACAAAAGCACAUCGAUGUCAGGUGUCAUUUCAUCAAGGAUGCCGUUGAAGAAGGGAAGAUAGCUAUGCUUAAGGUUCCUACAACGGACAACCCUGCAGAAAUGUUGACAAAGUCAGCUCCAAGUAUCAAGUUCAAGCAUUGCUUGGAAUUGGCUGUGAUACCUAUAUCUGAAAAAUUAGAAUACUUCAAAGAGUACCUGAAGAAAUUAUCAUCCUUUCUUGGAAAGGAUGGCGCAGUAAAGAUAACAAGAGAAUCAUUUUACUAUAUUAUCAUUGGAACGAACGAUUUCAUCCUGAAUUACUUCACCGUUCCCGUACGGUCACUUCAAUUUACGGUAGCUGAAUACGAGGAUUUUCUCCUUGGUAUUGCCAGAAAUUUCCUAAUCGAGCUUUACAGUUUGGGUGCGAUAAAUAUAGUAUUAGCUGGGGUUCUUCCUAGUGGUUGCCUACCAUUUGAGUAUAGAGCUUAA